AUGUUGUCUUCUAACGUUUACUGCCCUCUCUGUGGAGUCAUCUUACUGCCCAAUACCGACCUUGCCGACACUCGCGUUCGCCAUUGGUACACACAAAUACGAGGCAUCUACCCAACCGAUGCCGCUGCUGGCGAUCCUGUCACCACAACCGGGGUAGGAUUCGUACGCUACCGAAAAGAACUCCACGCACCGCUUGACAGUGAUCGAUCCUAUUUCGAUGUGGGGAUUGGGCCGCUAGAAACGUGGAAGCUUUGCGAGUCAUCUGGCCGUUGGUGCUUCGGCAUACACGACUCGUGCUGGAGAUUGCUUCUCCUUAGGCUGCGCCACUUCCAGGAUAAAGCGGCCAUUGCAAAGUCGGUCUUCUACCAGCUUUAUUGCACCCCUUGCCGCUAUGCAUCCACCUUCCAAUUCGGCCACGACUAUGAGGGUGCUGGGCAAACACACGAACCGUUCGGGCGGUCCGCAGUAAAUCGGAUGUCGCAAUUCUAUGCCGACCCUUUCGAAAUCCCGCACAACUUGGAGGACUUUGGUCAUUAUAAACCCUAUGUUCCAUCUUCCGGCGAUCCAACGAAAGAAAGACGCGAAAAGCUAGAAAGACAUGUCUUCACUGAACUCUCUCCAGAGCUGAAAUUUGAGAUAUUUUCAUAUCUAUCCUUUGACGAGCUCCUGAAUAUGAGACUCUUCACAUUCACAAGCUCGGAUUCAUCAGCCUGGGUUGGUAGUAGCAGCGGCCCAGGAAUUGCUUAUGGCACCAUAGGCAUUCCGGAUAAGUUGGAGCAAUAUCGCCUGCUUGCAGGUUUGGAUCGAUACAAGAUUGUUUCACUCGGCCUUGGUGAACUGACAUUGAACCCCCGCCCCGGAGCUUCUCCGAAGCUAACCUCUCAAGAUGCAAUGGAUUCGCUUCGUGUACAGUCCUAUUUGUGGACCUCGCAUCUUCCAGGACAUGAGGGUUUAAGAAUCAGCCCUCUCCUGCCGUCCAUGCCCUCGCGAGCCUUUGAACCGCUGACCAACAUUGACUUUGGUGGCCCAAGAGGCCUAUUUCUCAAAUCCUUGACAAGACUUACUUUCUACAUGGCCUCCGAUUCCUAUCCAAUCACGGGCAUAGAGAUAUUCUACUCUGAUAGAAGGUCUCUGCUUUCCGGCACUAAAGAUGGCUGUGAGCUGUCCUUUUUUCUCGAUGGCUCAAACGGAGAACGUAUCAAUCAACUCGGGGUUCUAGAAGACAGUUGGAGAGACUCAGUCGGUCUAGGUGGCUUACAGAUCUCAACAAACUAUGGACGCACUACCACUUUUGCUCCUCUUCGCCUUCGACUCAAUGCAGCACUUAGUCAAAUACCAAUCUCGCCAUCAGGUAAUACCAUCACAGGAUUGGUUGCUCUUGAACAAACAAACCAAUCUCGCCUUAUCCGAGUCGGCAUUCAGUCCCAACAAUGUGAUGAACAGCGUAUGCCACCACCGGAUACUCUGGAUUGCGAAUGCUAUCGGACACUCGAAUAUCAGCUACGAUACGACGAUAAAUUCACUCAUUUCAUAGAUAGUUCAAACCCCAGCAACUAUCAGACCUAUGCAUCACUAAAGGACAUCCGGAGUAUCCAAGCAUCUAUGGGCAUCCAAGGCCGAUCUAGAAUUUCGAAUCGCUUAUCCGGUUUGAAGUUUGAGUAUUACAACCAUCCAAGUCCUAGCACAGUAGGACAAUGGAUGGAUGAAAUUGACGAUGGUUUUGAAUUCUCCCUAGAUGAGGCAGUUCAAUCGUUAACUAUCUGGCUCACUCCAAUGGGUUACUCUACUGAACGCGGGCUGGAGGUAGGCCAAGUUGCCGCCAUCCACAUUGAGACGACUCAUUCUCGCAGCGUAACAUUUCGCUCUCCGGACUUUCGCUCCCUUCCGCCCCAAAAGCUGCAACAGCAGUACCAAAGUGACCGUGACGAGACACUAACAGGUAUCUCAUGGAUAUUGAAUGCAUCUUGUGAUCGCGUCCGAGCAGUCAUUUCUGCCUCUACGAACGAAGGCCGGAGAGCUCAGAUACUGGUCCCAGAACACCCUCCCCCUUUUGACCAGGUACGGAAACUUUACUUCGCGACGCAGAAUGACGACGGUCAUAGAGACACUAUAGUCACAGCCGAAGCCUACUUCCGAGAUCGGGCGAUUAUCGGACUUGUUUUCGUUUACACGUCGGCUGCAAAAGCGAGCCUAGGCGAUUUCGAUACCAAUGCCCGUCAAACAGUUCGUUUUCCACUGGACGCUCAGAUUGUUGGCUUUUCGGUCGCGACCAAAAAGCGUGACCUUGUGGAAAUCGAGUUCGAGGUUGAACGAAGUGAGCAGCCUCUGUACAAGAAGCUUAGACUCUCCAUCAAUUACACCGUCGGAUAUGACAGGCGAGACGUAUGGUGUAAAGACGAAGCGUCUGCGGAAAGCCAUCAACGACUCUUAGCGGGUGACCGUGUAUACGAACCCCCGAGCGAGUCGAAGCUGGUCGGUAUCUAUGUGGGCUGUCAGGAGUUCUUCCGUGUUGGAGCAUUGUAUGAGUCCGAGGUUUCUCAAUAG